AUGACCUCAGAAGGAGCGGUUUCAGCUCCCACUAGCAUCUACGACUUCCAGACGCUGGACGCUGACCACCAGUUGUAUGAUCUCUCGCAGCACAAGGGGCACCCACUUCUAAUCUACAAUGUGGCCAGCAAGUGUGGUUACACAAAAAGUGGAUAUGAGACAGCCACCACUCUAUACAACAAGUACAAGGAUAAGGGCUUUACCGUUCUUGCCUUCCCAUGUAAUCAAUUCGGCGGGCAGGAGCCAGGGACGGAGCUUGAGGUCAAGGAAUUUGUCUGCACGCGCUUCAAGGCCAGAUUCCCCAUUAUGGCGAAGAUCAGCGUUAAUGGCAGCAAUGCACAUCCCUUGUAUGAGUUCAUGAAGAAGGCUAGGCCUGGUGUUCUCGGCACGAAGGCCAUUAAAUGGAAUUUUACAUCAUUCCUCAUCGACAAGAAUGGCAUUCCUGUGGAGCGCUUUUCACCUGGGGCAUCCGCAAGUGAAAUUGAGAAGAAACUUGUUCCCCUGCUCAGGUCGUCAUAUUAA